CAACCAUAUCAAAGAUAUAGGGGUGAGCGAACAAACAAUUCGCCAUGAUCGGAGGGAUCGCGACGUACCACAUGAUGAAGCACGGAAAGGCGGAGAACGCAACACCGAAUCAAGACCAACGAGUACACCACAACAAAGUGACUGUACUAUUGAUCUAACCGGCACCAUUCAACCAUCCGAUACUCCACCACCCCAA